AUGUACUUUGAUGACAUUUCUGUCCAGUUAAGACCUUUGGAAGACUUCAAAGUAGACAACCCUCCGAGCAUAUAUACCCAACUCUCAACCUUCUCUGGAUCAUCAUUUUUUGCAUUAGAUGAACUUCAUUUAAUUGCAAGAGGGAUUGGAAAGCUUGUGUAUGACCUGAUUACUGUCACCCUCACAAAGGAAACCAAAAUUUAUUAUACCCAUCCAGACAAUACCCUCAAUACCACUGAAUACCCUUUUCAUAUACCAAGAGCAGACCUUGUAACAAUUGGAAACUGUAUCACCAGCUCACAAAAAUAUAUACCCCCCUCAAUUCAAGGCAGUUUUGACGACGUAUUUGCCAAGAUCGAUAAUACUCGCGCAGUUGACUGGCUUGACUUUCUCUUAUACCUUGUCCCCACUUUGGUCGUGCCUUAUUUACCAAAUAGGGCUGUCAAAACAGCUCUAUUAUCUCUCACGUUGACAUCAGAAUUGCUUGAUGAGAUGGAGUCAUACUUCAAGCACUGGCACUCGUUUUUAUAUAAAAAAGUCCAGAAUAAUACUCUGUCUCGUAGUGUUUUCCGACCAGUGCAACAUUACCUGGUUCAUAUACCCUAUAUCAUCAAGCAGCAAGGCCCCCUGCGAUGCUACUCCACUCACUCAAUGGAGAGAGUAAUUGGCAUCUUCUCAAAAUUGAUAAAGUCCAAAUCAAAGGGUGGCCGAAAUGCCAGUUUUCUUGUCGAGCAAUUUGCAAUUCACAAUUAUACCAGCAUGGCAAUCAGCAUCUGUGAUGAAGUCAACCUCAUUCGGCCAAAGCCAUAUGGAAGAGAGAGCUACAUGGACCUUCCUAAUGAUCCUAGUGAUGCGCAGUUGUGGGAGCCGUUUCAUCAGUUUGUUAAUUUGAAUGAUGAUUUGGUGGAAGGUGUAGGCGGCCCUAGUGUGAAGGAAGCUUUAUUGAUAUAUUACCGGAGAACAACAGGCUUGACUAGCCACGAGUUUGGUGACUCUGUUGUUGUUGUAGCUGCACGUUUGUGGAUGAACUCGACUGUAUAUUCUCCAUGCAUGUACCAAAGAAAGAAAAACAAGACCAGCUGUGGCAACCAUUACGUGAUGUUUACUUGCCCCUAUAGAAAGGAAAUUCAGGCAUACUAUUGUGAAUAUUCCGCAUUUUAUUGUGGGGUUUUGCCUAUUUCUACUGGUACCAAAGCUGAUCUGGUUACAUGUGCACAGACCUGCUAUCUACAAGUGUAA